AUGAAAGCAGUUGACCAAAAGAAGCUUGUUAUUCUGCCCAAGAAACCAAAAUGGCAGCGUGCUUCAAAGCCCAAAGUCCGCACCGGCUGUCUAACCUGCAAAGUCAGACAUCUAAAGUGCGACGAGGAGAAGCCAACGUGUCGUCGUUGUCGCGAUGGCCGCGUUAAAUGCGAUGGUUAUGCGACACCCGACAAAGCCCAGCUCCAACAGCGCGCUGCUGUUGCUGUUACUGUGCCUUCAACUCCAUAUCCUUUAUCCGUCUUUAAUCCUAGCCUCGGGGAUACAUCCAUCGAAAGCUGCUAUUUCCACCAUUUCCACCACUGGACAUCAACACAACUCACCUGCGCCCCAGGUCAAUCCAACUUUUACCUCACUGUCGUCUUACCUCUAGCCCAUCAAUGCGAACCUAUCAGGCAUGCUAUCAUUGCCGUGGGUGCAGCGCAUCGCUUUUAUAUGGCGGGGCCUGAGACCUGCUCUCCACUCCAGCAGCUGAAAGGCUUGGCUAUGCAACAGUACAACAAAGCCAUUGCCAACAUCAUACCUCACAUGUCACUCAACUCACCUUUCGAUAUUCAGUGUACUCUAGUUUGCUGCUUAUUGUUUGUUGCGUUUGAGGGUAUCACUGGUCGAUAUGCUGAGUCAAUUCGUCACAUCCGUGCUGGAACACGUCUUCUAUCCUCACCAAGCUUGGUGACAAACGCAUACGAAGCAAGGAUAGCCGGUAAACUUCUAGAUAUGUUUUCGAGUCUAGGAUGCGAAGCUUCAGCCUUUAUAGAAGACACCAUCAUUCCCGACAUACGAACAGGAUACUUUGCGCUUUUGUCCAGCGACGACGUUUCCGAAACACCUUUCAAAGAUCUCGACGAGGCAGCCAGCGCGCUGCGAAGACUAGAUGUUGAGACCGUGGAGGUAAUGGCUGAAAUGACUUCCGAAGAGGGAUGUGGCUCUCCAGGAAGUACCUUCUUCAGAGAUAUGGAUGUGGUUACAAAAGCCCGCAUCGAAGCAUCUUGGAAUCGACUAGACGAAAAGUUCAAUCACUGGAGCAGGCGAUUCGACAUGACCAAGAACUAUAUUUCCAUGUGGGAGUACCAAGAGUGGACAUCGCCACAGCUGCUGUACCUCAACAUGCAGCAGGCAUUUUGGAGGAUGAGCAUGUCACUCGAACUAGAAGACGAUUCCGAACCGGACCCAGAGACAGUGGAAACAUAUCUAACUGCCGCAGAAGCAUUCGCACAUCGGCUUAUCGUCCCUGGCCAGAGAACUUUCUCCCUAGACGGUGAUUUGAUCUCCAGCCUAUCCUUCUUAUUGUGGUGCUGCACCGAACCACACCAAGUCGAGCGCGCACUAAAUCUCCUAAGGAAUCUAAACAGAAGGGAAGGAAUUUGGGACAGCAGAGACUUGGCAGAAAUGCAUGAAGCGGCAAUGGCAAUGGGCGAUGCAAAGAUUUGCGACUCUCGGGGCCCAUUGAUCGACAUAGAUUUCAUGUUCACGCUCUUGGUGAUGUUGAAGGUUUGGAAUCUUAUUCUGUUCCGCGUCAUGUGUCUCAGCCCGCUACGUCAUCUGCUAGCGAUCGACACUACACCUGCUGAUACCUACAACCAAGAUGUCGAAAAUGAAGGAUACGUAGCUCCCAGAUUGGCUGCUAAGAUGUUAGUUGAGCAUCUCAGUUCUCGGAUGGAAGUCUCGGAGGCAGAGAUCUUUGACGCCGGAUAUGGAACGGGCCUCGUUGGCCAAGAACUACGCAAGCUCGGCGUAAAAACCAUCGACGGAUGCGAUAUCAGUGAUAGAAUGCGUGAUAUCGCUGAACGAACGGACGUUUACAGAUCCCUUUCGUCGAUCGACCUCAGCGGCUUUGCUACGCUACCUGAAUUGAAAUAUGACGCUGUGAUCUGUGUCGGCACUAUGACACAAGGACACGUCGCGCGAGAAGCUUUUCUAGACUUGCACCGACUCACAAAACACAAGGGCCUUAUACUCGUCACUAUUCGAGACACCGUAUGGCAGAGAAACGGUUACGAAGAUUAUGUCAGACACAUGGUUAGAACCGGGAUGGUCAAGAUUAUCAGAAUCCCGAAAACACCUCAGCGGAUUGCGGCUGGAGUGAAAGCUCGUUUUGUUCUCCUUGAGAGUAUGUCCGAUGAAUAUACAAUGUCGGAGGAUCUUUACGAAGAACAGAUGAAAGACAUACGAAGAGAUGCUGCUUGUAAGAUCGAAGCCAACCUUGAAUCCUCCCAUCAGCUAUUUGUCAUGAUGAACGCCGAAAGUAUCGCAAAUGCUUACUGCUCAGAAAGGCUCAUCUACAGAGCCUUAGAGAACAAUGACAAAGACAUAGACUACCUCUUCAAGUAUCACGAAAGUGACCCUCUCAACGCCGUUCUAGCAGGGCCCUCUCUCAUCCGCCCCAAAAGCAGGAAAAGCGCAGAAGACCUCACGGACAAGCUGCAAAAAUGCACUUUCUGUGUAAUGGUCUGCCUCUCUCCAUCCGAAGCUAAAGCUCAAGGCAUCGAUUCCUCCGACCCCGUACCCAUUGGCUUUGUCCUUCUAGGCUGGGGUGGUACCCCAGAUGCCCACAAGCAUCACAGACAGACAUCCCUGGGCAUAAACCUCAGCACCCCAUACAAUAACAAAGGCUAUGGAAGUGAAGCUAUCAAUUGGGCGCUGGACUGGGCGUUUAGGUUUGGCGGAUAUCACCGUGUGGCUUUGGGUACUGUUGGGUUUAAUACCCGGGCGCAGCAUGUUUAUACUAAGUUGGGAUUUAAAGAGGAAGGAAGGGAAAGGGAAGCGUACUAUCUGGAUCGCAAGUGGUAUGAUGUAAUUAAUUAUGGCAUGUUGGAGCAGGAGUGGGCUGCUUUGAGAGGAGUUGAGUGA